AUAUAUAGUACUACUCCAAAAUGCCUAAAGUCGUAACGCUCAAGCGUGUUUUGCUUUUUAUCUUCUAAAUUAAAUUUUGUUCGCUGUAUGAUAAAUUAGCUAUAUCUAAUAAUAAUAAUAUGUGCUGUGUAUGUUUGUGCGUUUACUAAUUAUUAUUAUUACCUACUACAACCCUCGAAGAUAUCUUCGACCAUCGUACCAAGUAAUCGGCGUUUACGAAACCGUUUUUUAUUGAUAGAAAAGAAAAAUUCGAUACGGUUAUCAAUUAAGCGAUGCUCGGCUAUAGUGCUGUCUGCACAGAAUAAAAAACGGUCUCACAUCGCACCGAUCGAGUUACGUCGUUCGAGUAAAUUUUAAAUUUGGGGGCCCCGUUCAAAAUGAUCGUCUACAACUUGAUCGGAGCUCUAACGUCCGAUUCGAACACGUUGUGGGUGGCACUGCUCUCGCUCACGAUCUUCGGUCUAUACUUUUUGUACUCCGACAAAUUGUCCAAAAAUCGCGGACGACAGAUUUCACUAUUGCCAUCGAUCACAAAAAGCGAAUGGGCUUCAUUGAAUGUGUCACUGAAACUCGCCAGUUUCGGGCCACGGGAUAUUUUGCCGUUUUUCGAUAGCGUUAUCAAAAAGUACGGGUCACUGAUCCAUUUGAAAAUCAUAGCACGUCAUUAUGUCAUCAUAAACGAUCCAGACGAUAUAAAGGUACUACUAUCAAGCGUACAGCACAUUACGAAAGGUCCCGAUUACGAGAUGCUUGAACCAUGGUUGAACAAAGGGCUACUAACCAGCACGGAUCAAAAAUGGCAUUCUAGAAGAAAACUGCUAACAAACACUUUUCAUUUUAAAAUUUUGGAAACUUACGUUCCGUCGCUUAAUAAGCAUUCCCGUUCGUUAGUCAAAAAUCUCAUCAGCGCUUCAGACAAUGGUAAAUCUAUAGCAGAUAUUGACUCCCACGUAACUCUCUGUGCUUUGGAUAUCGUAUGUGAAACAAUUAUGGGUGUAAAUUUACGUACUCAAGAGGGUAAAUCGACAGAUUACGUUAAAGCAAUCAAAAAUGUCAGUCACAUACUGAUCAAACGUAUUUUUACGUUUUGGUAUUGGAACGAAAUUGUUUUCAACCUUAGUAACAUCGGCAGAGAAUUUCGUAAAUCAUUAAAGUUAUUACACGAUUUCACAGAAAAUGUCAUAAAGGAGAGACGAAAAAUAUUAGAAAACGUGGAACAAAAAAAAACUGAUGGAAAUGGAAAGAAACAGAUAUAUUCGUUUUUGGACCUUCUUGUCGGUGUUUCCAAAGAAAAUCCUGGCACGAUGACCGAUAAAGAUAUACGAGAAGAAGUGGACACGUUUCUUUUCGAAGGACACGACACGUCUUCAAUAGCUAUUACUAUGGCUAUAAUUCAUUUGGGACUUGAUCAAAACAUACAGAAUUUGGUCAGAGAUGAGCUGUACGAAAUAUUCGGCGACAGCGACCGAGACGCAACAAUGGAAGACCUCAAAGCGAUGACAAAUUUAGAAAGAGUGAUAAAAGAGACAAUGCGACUUUAUCCGAGCGUGACGGGUAUCACGAGAACUCUCAAAGAGCCGCUCCGCCUUGAAAAGUAUACGAUACCUUCUAAAUCGGUUAUGGUGGUCGUCCCUCAUCUAUUGCACCGCGACGAAAACAUUUAUCCCAAUCCGGAAAAAUUCGAUCCUGACCGGUUUUUGCCGGAUCAGUGCAACGGACGUCAUCCUUACGCGUACAUACCGUUCAGCGCCGGGCCAAGGAAUUGCAUAGGCCAAAAAUUUGCUAUGUACCAAAUGAAAACAGUUUUGUCCACGAUCUUGAGGUACACGAUCGUAGAGACGUUGGGAACGCAAAAAAGCAUCGUCAUCAGUACACAGUUGAUAAUGAGAGCGGAUUACUUGCCAAGCGUGAAAAUAACACCAAUUUCCAACAAGAGUAUCGCACGUCAUAUAUUAUGUUAACUAUUAAUUAUAUCAUCAUAAUAAUUUAAUUUGGAUGUAAAUAUCAUGUACAUACUAUACAUAUAUCGUACAUAAAACACAGCAUAUUUUUCGUUUUCAAUUUUAAUUUAAACAGGCCAUAUAAGCCUCCACGACCAAAUACAUAAUAUAGGAUAGUAAUUGUCAGGAAAUGUAUUUUAUUCAAUAAGCCAAACAAUCGUGGACAUAUGCUAUAAGACUGUUUUAAAAUUUGGCUAUUGUUAAUAUUGAAAGAUAUAUUGUUAAUUUAUGAAAGAAUGUCGAUAAAUCGGGAAUGCAGAUAUAAUAUAUGAUAUGAAGUUUGUUUUAAAA